CCUCACCCUGCUUCCUCACUUGCCCCCUCUCUCUCUCUCUCUACCUGAUUUCAGCUUUGAUUCAGACUGUUCUUCCCCAGCUCUCUCUCCUUCCUCCCUGCUGAGCUCUCAAGGGGUGUUCUGGGAACACAUUAAACGAUGGUGAAGGCUGUGGCUGUUCUUGGCAGCAAUGAGGGUGUCAGUGGGACUAUCUACUUCACCCAAGAAGCUGAUGGCGCUACAACAGUAACUGGAAAUAUUUCUGGCCUUAAGCCUGGUCUCCAUGGCUUCCAUGUUCAUGCACUUGGGGACACAACAAAUGGUUGCAUGUCAACUGGACCACAUUUCAAUCCUGCUGGCAAGGAGCAUGGUGCUCCUGAGGAUGAGAAUCGGCAUGCUGGUGAUCUUGGAAAUGUCACUGUUGGUGAUGAUGGGACAGCCAAGUUCACAAUAAUUGACAAGCAGAUUCCACUUUCUGGACCAAAUUCCAUUAUUGGAAGAGCUGUUGUUGUCCAUGGAGAUCAGGAUGAUCUUGGCAAGGCUAUACAUGAUAUGCAGCAGUUUCAAAAGAUUAUGGUGCACAGCCAUCUCGCUACCCUAUUGUAUCCACAUCCUUUAUGCUCUCUGGGCCUUCCCGCGGAGAUAUUCCCAGUGCAGAAGCAAAUAUUUCACAAGCUGGUUCAAAGGCAUGUGGUGCGUUACUGUCCAUAAGAUGUAUGCAACCUACAACACAUUCUACAUUCUUUGCUUGGCCGCCUUCUCAUUGCCCUUGAUUAAAACUCCGUUCGGUUGGUGACCCAGGAACAAAGGGAACAAAACCCCGGCCACCAAAUACGGGGCGCAUGAAGGCAUCAUCGAAUUUACGCCAGUACCGAUGAACAGUGUGUGUAGGAGUGGCCAGGAGUGCACGUAUGCUGCUUGGUCGGGUAAUUUCGGGAAGGUUAAAC